GCAACAACCACGAGUGAGACAUCCCCUAGGGAGACUACCUGCGUAGCUGUCGCGAUCAACAACAUUGGAGCUGAUGGUAUAUGUGGCUGUGACUACGAUGUGUACACAUGCCUUGAGCGAUUGUCCAACACCAGCGAGUGGUCCAUCUCUCAGACGACUGGGUCGUUCAAUGGCUGUAUGCAAGCAUGUGAUUCACAGCCAACUUGUUACAGCUUUACAUUUCAGAUAAGCGAUGGGUUGUGCAAGAUGUUUGGUGGUAUGCUGAAUGGCGGGGAUGGGACCGUGUCUGCAGCAGACUUUAUUUCGGGAGAAGUCGUCAAAGGAACAUGCACUGGACAUUGCGAUGGC